CUGAGCUGGAGCAAGAGACGGACAGACAGACCCCCCCCCACACACACACCAUGGAGCAGCCGCCCGGGUUCCCAGCGUGAAUCCCCAGCCCAGGAGCUGUGGGAGAAGCCCCUCUUUCCAGACAGCAGCAGUGCCAGCUCCGGGAGGUCGCUCUGGUUUUGCAAGACAGUUUGUGCUUCUGGGCUCUCGGACCUGAUCCCCCACCCGGCUCACGUGGUGUCAAAAACGGGACACUGAGGUAGGAAGCCAGAGGCUGGAUGCUUCCUGCCGGGGCAUGAAUGAGACCGAAAGGCCUGGGGUCUGGGCUCAUCCCCUGCUGGGAUAAGGACAGCCCUGGGGAGCAGCCAUGACUGCAGGGCAGGGGGCAGAGGGGGCCCUGGACCUGCAGUUUCAGAUCCAGGUGGAGCAGUCGGUGUGCCCCGCUGGGCUGACGGAGCAGCAGGCCUCAGCUGGGCCCGAGCCAGAUGUGGGAUUGGAGCGGUCAGGCAGGCUGCCUAUUGUGGUGCAGUCCGGCACCAUUGGGGAGCUGCUGAGAUGGGUGGCGCCGCAGCAGGCCCGUUAUGCGUCGCAGAAGGAGAUGCUGCAGCACUGGGAGGAUGUCUGGCAGGAGGUGCUGCAGGCCCUGCGCAUCCUCCCAGAGGUGAGGCCGGCUGCGGCCUGCACCCUCAGGCAUGGAGAUCCAGAACUGCCACCUCCUCUCAGAGUUGUGCCAGCACCGACUUGUGCACGUGGGUGUGAAAACCCUGCCUCCCAGGGGGGCAGAGAGUCACCCAGGAAUCUGGAACAGGCUGGAAUCGAGCCACAGGAGAAGAUGGCACCAUGUCGAGGGGAGCAGCUGUCAGCCACGCAGACCCCUUCCGAGGUUAAGCCAACUCCAGCACCUGCAUGGAGAACCCUGGAGCCGCCACAGCUGGCCCCAGAGGACGAUAUCGAGGCCUAUCUGGCCACCUUUGAGCAGGUGGCUGAUGCCUACCAGUGGCCGAGAGGGGAGUGGACUACCCGACUGGAGCUGUACCUCACCGGGAAAGCCCAGCUGGCCUAUGGCAGCCUAGACAUCACAGAGACAAGUGACUAUGGGAAGGUAAAGGCCACCAUCCUGCGUCGCUAUGGCAUCAGCCCAGAGACACAGCGCAGGCGCUUCAGGGGAUUCUGCUACCAAGAGGCCGAGGGGCCCCGGGAGGCUUACAGCCACCUCCGGGAGCUGUGCCAUCGCUGGCUGGAGCCGCAGAGCCGCACCAAGGAGCAGAUCCUGGAGCUACUGAUCCUGGAGCAGUUCCUGACCAUCCUGCCAGAGGAAAUGCAGAGCUGGGUCUGGGAACGUGGUCCUGAAACCGGCGCCCAAGCAGUGGCCCUGGCUGAGGGGUUCCAGGUGGGGCAGCCAGAUGCCGAAUGGCCAGGGCUACAGCCAAACCUGAACUCUCAUAAAACAAAAAACAAGAUGCCAGUGCAGUUUGAGGACGUGGCUGUGACUCUGAGUGAGGCAGAGUGGUUGUUGUUGGAUGAGGAGAAGAAGCAGCUCUACAGGGACAUCAUGUACGAGAAUUACCAGAGCAUCAGCUCACUGGGUUUUCCGGUUCGCAAACCCACCCUGAUCUCUCAGCUGGAGCGAGGGGAGGAGCCGUGCAUCCUAGAUCCCCCAGCCCCUGAGGAGCAGGAGACCCGGAGGGAUGUCCCAACAGGCACUGGGAGGGGGCUGGGUGCUGAGGAGCUGGCUGUGCAGCACCACGGGGAGGCGCAGGCACCUGUCGAAGCAGCUCCAAAGCCGAAGGCCUCACCAAGGCGGUCCAAGAGGAAAGCGCCCCAGAGCCCUGGCCGGAAGAGAAAGAAACCCUCUCUGGGUGGAGAAGAGCCAGCAGCCCCUUCUGAGAGUGGGAAACAGCAGCUCCCCACCUGUCCCGCGUACAUGCAACAGCCGCUUCCUUCGGUGCGCAUGCAAAAGCCUUUCCUUCCUUCUCUGCUGUGCAGGGAACAGCUUCCCCCUCCCCUCACCAGGGAACAGCCGCCCCAUGCCCUGAGCAGAGAACAGCCUGUCUCCCCCCUGCGCCGGGAACGGGCACCCCCUCCUCUGAGCAGGGAACAGCCUGUCUCCCCGCUGUGCAGGGAACAGCUGCCCCCUCCCCUCACCAGGGAACAGCCACCACUUCCCCUGAGUAGAGAACAGCCACCCCCUACCCAGCUGCCUCACCUGCCAUCCCUGUCUAAGUCCUGCAGCAAGAAGCCAGCAGAACAAGAUUCCCCUCCCAGCAGUAGCCCGCCCCCCUCUGAGAAGUCCUACCAGUGUCCCUUGUGUAGUCAGAACUUCAGGCAGAGCUCAGACCUGCAGCGGCACCGGCGCAUCCACACGGGAGAGAAGCCUUUCCACUGCCCGGUGUGCGAGAAGAGCUUCCGGCUGCAGUCCAACCUGAUCGUGCACCAGCGCACCCACACCGGGGAGCGGCCCUACCAGUGCGGGGAGUGUGGCCGUGCCUUCUCGCAGAGCUCCAACCUCCUGACCCACAGCAAGAUCCACCUGGGCCAGAAGCCCUACGCCUGCUUUGAGUGUGGCAAGAGCUUCUACCACAGCUCCAACCUCAUCAUCCACCAGCGCAUCCACACUGGCGAGCGGCCCUACGAGUGCAGCGUCUGCGCCAAGCGCUUCAGUGACCGCUCCACCCUGGUGCAGCACCGGCGCCUCCACACAGGCGAACGCCCCUACGCCUGCUCCGAGUGCGGGAAGUGCUUCAGCCAGGCCUCACACCUGGUCAAACAUCGACGCACCCAUGCAAGCCCCUGCACCAAGAAUAGAGCUUCCCCCAGAAAAGCACCAGUCACAGCGGUGGAGAGAAACAGCCCCAAAAAUGGGGCAGCCACUGUGGAGGAGAGAACUACCCCCACUCAUGUGCUGAGUGAGAGGAUUGCCACGCCUCAAAAUGGAGCAGCUAUAGGGGAGGAAAGAGCAGCCCUGAAAGAUACACCCACCUUGGGGAAGGAUAGAGCCACCCAGGAAGUAGGUUCAGAGGGGGAGAAGAACAAAGCAGCUCAGAAAGUUGCUUUGGCCACAAAGGAGAUAGCCGCCCCCAAACACAUGCUGGCUGUGGGGAUGGAGAGGGCAGAAGCAAAGGACAUGCUGGCCCCAGGGAAGGAAAGGGGGACCCCCACACCUGGGCUGGGUGAGUUGAGAGCUGCCCCCAUGAACAGGCUGGGCACAGGAGAGGACAGAGCCACUCCAAAAGCCGUGCCAGCCAUGGGGGGAAAGAGAGCACCAACUCCCGAUGUACCAGCUGUGCAUGCGGAAAGAGACUCCCUGAAAGAUGCAUUGAGGGCAGGGAAGGACAAAGCAGCAAUAAAUCACACAUCAGCUGUGGAGAAGGGGAGAACCGCCCCCAAACUCGUGCUGGCCAUGAGGCAGAGAAGAGCUGGCCCCAAACACACACUGGCCACGGAGAAGGGGGGAGCCGGCCCCAAACGCACACUGGCCACGGGGAAAGGGAGAGCUGGCCCUGAACACGCACUGACCAUGGGGCCGGGGAGAACUGGCCCCAAAUACGCACUUACCACGGGGAAGUGGGGAGCCAGCCCCAAAAACACACUGGCCAUGGGGAAAGGGGAAGCCAGCCCCAAAUAUGCACUUGCCAAAGGGAAGGGGAGAGCUGGCCUCAAACACACACUGGCCAUGGGGAAGGGGAGAGCUGGCCCCAAAUACGCACUUGCCACGGGGAAAGAGGGAAACGCCUCCAAACAUGCCCUGGGGAGAGACAGCCACGAACACGCACUGGCCAUUGGGAAGGGACAAACCGGCCCCAAUCACAUACCAGGUACACGGGAGCACAGACGGCAGGGGAACCCUCUCAUGUCACUGCGUGAUAGGGGCAGAGGUGGCUCACGGGGGGAACAGGCUGUGAGGAGUCCUCUCAAUGCACAGUAGAGUCCGGGCUGGCUCCUUUGGACAUGCAUUCAGCUGAUUUUUCACUCACUGGGUGUGAAACCCCAUCAAUGUGCAGGCGGGCAGUAAUGCCAAUGCCAUAGGCUCACACUUAGGCAGCAGUGGAGAAGCUGGCCUGGCAUGGGAUGCACUAACAGCUCAGAGAGGAAGAGCAGCACAAAGGCACUUCUGGCACUGCAGAGAGUGUCCCCACCCCGGGGGACUGGAGCUGGCAGAGAAAGUGGCUGGCACGUAAAAUGCAAACCCAGACAUCUCUCUCUCGGGGCAGGGGCAGGAGGAGGCUGAAAUCUUGGCAGGCAACAGGAAGGGAGAGUUGGAUGAACUUUAAACUCUCGAAUUGGGCCCUGAGCUGAGGGAGUGUAAAAGAAGCCCUAGAAAUCUCCCUCUUUGUGGAACUAAACUGAGAAGAAAGGUUCCUGUGUGACCAACUCUUGUGAUCUAUGGUCUGUCUCUUAAAGGCCUAGCUCUGCUUUUAUAUAUAAAAAGAAAAUCUGUAUUUAGCCCAAUGGCUGGGGAGAAAAAUCAAGGAAACUCAUACCCUAUUGGCUACAAUGCCAGAGGGCAAAUCAC